AUGUGGUCUAGCACAAAGACAAUUGCUUACGAGGUCAACCACUGCUGGAUCUCUCCGCUUCGCCGAGGGCCGGCGGAGGUUGCGGACGCAGAAUGCGAGGUGGAGCGGGCGAGGGCUGCCGCCGUGGCUGCGGCGAGUUCGGCAGCUGCGGCGGCAGAGGCGGCGGUUGCGGCGGCCACGGAGCGGCGGAGGGCCGUGGUGGUCGCUGCAGCGUCACGAAGCGGGGGCCACAGCACUAGCUUGUGGCGCCGGAGCCGGCGUCCCAGCCUCACCGCAGAAGCUGCCUCCUCCUCGGGAGUGAGUGCGGCGGCAGCGGUGUCGGAGAUCCACGCCAACGCCGCGGCGGCGGCAGCCAACCUCGAGUCUCACGACGUCAAGCGCACGGCCGUGCCUGUCCGCCUCGCCGACGAUGUGGGCGUCCGGCCUGUUGACCUCGCCGCCGCCCGCUUCGCCGGCAGAGCAGAGGUGCUCCCGCCGCUGCCGUCCGGCCUGCUGCUCGCGCUCCUCCUCCUCGCUGUGUCGACGCUGGGCCCGGCCCUCGUCGAGAUCUGGUCGCGACUCCACCGGCGCAGAGGCCGUCUUCGCGCAGAGGGCAUCGGAGGGGAGAGAGGCGAGGCUGGCGGCGGCGAGGCUGGCGGCGGCGAGGGCGCAAACCGGCCGGCUGAGGAGUGCAGCGGGGAGGAGGAGGAGGAGGAGGAGUGGCUGCGUGCCGUGACCGCCUCUGCCGCCAAGCUGCCGACGAGGGCGGCGAGGCUGCAGCCGCCGGAGGAGGAGGAGGCUGCUGCAGCCGCCGGGCGGAUCGGUGCUGCUGCAGCCUCCUCGGCGGCGGAUCGGUCGCUCGGCGUCAGCGACGCAUCCGUCGAGAUUGCAAUGCUGGCGGACCGCUUGGCCGAGGUCAACGACGCGCUCGCCCUCGAGGCGGAGCGCAAGCGGCGCGCCGAGGUCCUCGCUGCGACGAGCGCUGCGCUGCGGGGCCUGCACGGCGCGGCGGAGCACGGCGCGGCGGAGGCGGUCGCGGCGGAGGAGGUCGCCUCGCUCGGCCUGCCAAGGCGAGGGCCGUUGCCCGCGGCCCCGCGCCUCUGCGCGUGGACAGUCGAGACAGACUCGUAG